AAAGACGCUCUCCAGAGUUCACGAUCCACGAUGCAGUGUUUUGCAUGGCUCUGGAGCGGAAGGUACGCUCGUUGCAAUCUUACGGACACAUUAACCGCGAUAUCGAACGUUUUACUCGAAAAAAUCGACGAUCGAUUCAACAAUUUUCCAAGCUACGGUCGUCCUUGAUUCGAACCGUUUGUUAAAUUCCUCGAUAGGGACGAUUUCGCGCCAGGGCCACCCAGAUAAUCGCACCCAGCGAUAUUGUUCAUUGUUUAGAAAAACGUCUCUAGCAACGAUGAGAUGUAUAUUUAGAGUUGAGACUUGGAUUGCGGCCAUAGAAUUCAAAUUGUUCAAUGCCGCAUGAAAGUUUUUAACAUACCUUCACAUCAAUGACUUCAACUUCUUCGGAGCUAUGGAUUCUCAAAAGAAGAUGGGUCCUUCGGGAAAGUCAUCCAAUACCCCCGUUCCAAGCGACCAAGGCACUGCCACUCUCAUCGUCAUGAUAGCAGUCCUGCUGAUUAUCGUCCUGUUCUGCUGCUUCUCGGCGCCAGGCAUACGAGGGCUGUGCAAAAGAUACAUUUUCAGAACCUGCGACAUAGACGAUCCCGAUCUAGAUAACG